AUGGCAGAUCCGCUCUCUAUUGCAUCUGGAGUUGCCGGGUUGCUGUCUUUGGGUAUCCAGGUUACCAAAUCUCUACUCGAUUUUUACUCCGCAUACAAGGAUCAGACUCCUGCUCUGAAAAAGACUCUGCGUGAUCUUGAGAGCCUUCUCAGCAUUCUCCGAUCCCUUGAUGGCGCACUGCAAAAUGGCGAACCUCAGAAGGAUGCCCUACUCCAAGAGAUCGACAAGGUAGCAGAGGGAUGCCGUGAGAUCCUUGAGGAACUGAGGGACGAGUGCCAAAAAUUCCAAAAGGACGCUACUCUAAGUCUGAAGGACCGAAUCCAAGUUGCCGGGCGCCGGGCGACUUAUCCGUUUAGGAAAAGUACUCUACAAAAGCUUGAGGAGGACGUCGGCGAGAUAAGGGGAAACUUGUCCCUUGCAUUAAAUGUGCUACAGCUCAGAAACCAGACUGGGCUUGAAGAUGGAAUAUCUGAACUCAAAAUAUUCGUCGAAGAGACAAAGACGAUUCAAAUCUCUGCUGCAAUUCGUGAUUGGCUCAAGGCCCCAGAUGCGACCAUUGAUCACAAUGCCGCAUGCGAGAAACGUCAUACAAGCACAGGACUAUGGUUGGUUAACGGCCAGAAAUUCCAAAACUGGCUAGUUGAGCCUAAUUCAUUUCUCUGGAUUAAUGGCUUCGCGGGGUGUGGAAAGUCGGUCAUAUGCUCGACGACAAUUCAGGCAGUUCAACAUACAUUCCGUGAGAGGCAACAUCAUCCCAAUGUUGGAAUCGGCUUUUUCUAUUUCACCUUCAAUGACGAGGCCAAGAGAGAUUCUUCCGGCAUGUUACGCGCAUUGUUAUUACAGCUGUCGGCUCAACUUGAAGGAGAUACAAAAGAGCUACAAGAACUUCAUACAUCAUAUAAGUCGGGUACCCCGCCAGAGAAAGUCCUACUUGACUGCCUUCGGCAGACCAUCUGCAAGUUCAGCGUCACCUACAUUUUCUUGGACGCAUUGGAUGAAAGCUCCCGAGACGAUAAAAGAGAGGACGUUUUGGGUGCGAUAGAGAAGAUCCGGCAAUGGGACCUACCCAGUCUCCACCUACUGGUAACCAGCCGUAACGAAAUCGACAUCCGAUAUUCUCUGGGAACUUCCUUAUACCAGGAUAUCCCAAUGAGGAACCCAGAGACAGAUACAGACAUCCAAAAUUUCAUUUCUUACCAGCUCAGCAAUGACCCCAAGCUUCAACGAUGGAAAUCACGCCACGAAGAGAUUCAAGAAAAGCUGACGGAAAAGGCACAGGGAGUAUUCAGAUAUGUUGAGUGUCAACUCCUUGCCCUAAAACGGGCCCGGAUCCGAAAUGAGCUCGAUAAAUGUCUGCACUCUUUGCCUCGUGAUCUGGAUGAGACUUACGAGCGAAUGCUGUGUAGCAUUGACGAGGAAUACGCUGAAGAGGCACGGCUGAUGUUAACUUUGCUUUGUGUGUCUAACUUCCCAGUCACAGUGAAGGAACUUGUUGGCGCCCUUACCAUUGAUGUUAAGGCUAGCGAGCUACAGCUAGAUCGUGAUGGUCGAUCAUUUAGCCAAGAUGAUAUUCUCGACAUCUGUUCUGGUCUGAUAGAGCUCGCAGUGAUUCCAGACACCGGCAGUUACUACUUCAGAAACUCGGUUACAAUCGUUCGUAUAGCGCACUUUUCUGUUCAAGAAUAUCUCGAAUCAGACCGGAUUACCCAACAAGGUGCAGCAAAAUUCACAGUUCAAAAAGAACAAGCCCACACAGAGAUGGCUCAAAUUUGUCUCGCUUACCUUCUAGACCCGACGCUCUCAAAUGGAAAAGUAGACGAGGCGAAGCUGGAAAAUUUUCCCUUGGCACCCUUUGCUGCUGGGCAAUGGUUCACUUUCUAUAAGAAUUCUGGCAAAGGAAAGUCUGACGUUGAAUGCUUAAUAUCGAAGCUGUUUAAGGACCAGCUAGAGGCAUUUACGACAUGGGUACGGCUACAUGGCAGAGGUUCAAGGGAAUCGCUAUAUGAUAUAUUACAUUCUGAGCAGUACUUACCAACCGAUUUUGGACGUGCUAUCAAAGAUAUCCCGUCACCUUUAUACUACGCAGCCCUUUUGGGGUUGGAGUACAUCGUAAGUGUCUUGAUAGCGAGCUGGGGGGGAGAAACCGCAAUAGAUGCCGAUAUCAAUGCUCAAGGGGGUGUAUGUGGUAACGCGCUCCAGGCCGCAUCAUCGGGAGGACAUGAGAUGAUAGUACAGAUCCUACUAAGUCGCGGUGCUGAUGUCAAUGCCCAAGGGGGUUAUUUUGGCAACGCACUCGAGGCUGCAUCAUACGGAGGACAUGAGAAGAUAGUGCAAACCCUGUUAGACCAUGGCGCCGAUGUCAAUGCUCAAGGGGGUGAAUAUGGUAACCCGCUCGAGGCCGCAUCAUCGGGAGGACAUGAGAUGAUAGUGCAGAUCCUACUAAGUCGCGGUGCUGAUGUCAAUGCUCAAGGGGGGGAAUAUAGCAACGCGCUCCAGGCCGCAUCAUACAGAGGCCAUGAGAAGGUGGCACAGACCCUGUUAGAUCAUGGCGCCGACGUCAAUGCUCAAGGGGGUGUAUGUGGUAACGCGCUCCAGGCCGCAUCAUCGGGAGGACAUGAGAUGAUAGUACAGAUCCUACUAAGUCGCGGUGCUGAUGUCAAUGCUCAAGGGGAUUAUUUUGGCAACGCACUCGAGGCUGCAUCAUACGGAGGACAUGAGAAGAUAGUGCAAACCCUGUUAGAGCAUGGCGCCGAUAUCAAUGCUCAAGGGGGUGUAUGUGGUAACGCGCUCCAGGCCGCAUCAUCGGGAGGACAUGAGAAGAUAGUGCAAACCCUGCUGGAUCAUAGCGCCGAUAUCAAUGCUCAAGGGGGUGUAUGUGGUAACGCGCUCCAGGCCGCAUCAUCGGGAGGACAUGAGAUGAUAGUACAGAUCCUACUAAGUCGCGGUGCUGAUGUCAAUGCCCAAGGGGGUUAUUUUGGCAACGCACUCGAGGCUGCAUCAUACGGGGGAUAUGAGAAGAUAGUGCAAACCCUGCUGGAUCAUAGCGCCGAUAUCAAUGCUCAAGGGGGUGUAUGUGGUAACGCGCUCCAGGCCGCAUCAUCGGGAGGACAUGAGAUGAUAGUGCAGAUCCUACUAAGUCGCGGUGCUGAUGUCAAUGCUCAAGGGGGGGAAUAUAGCAACGCGCUCCAGGCCGCAUCAUACAGAGGCCAUGAGAAGGUGGCACAGACCCUGUUAGAUCAUGGCGCCGACGUCAAUGCUCAAGGGAAUGCUAUAUAUGGAAAGGCGCUCCACGCCGCAUCAUCGGGAGGAUAUGAGAAGGUGGUACAUAUCCUGUUAGACCAUGGUGCCGAUAUCAAUGAUUCUACACCAUAUAGAAGCGCGCUCCAGACCGCAUCAAUGGCAGGCCAUGAUAAGGUGGUACAUAUCCUGCUAGACCGUGGUGCCGACAUCAAUGCUCCUGGUCUUUUUGGAACAGCGCUACAUGCUGCAUCGGAGGAAGGCCAUGAGAAGCCUGUCCAGAACCUGCUGGAUAAUGAUAGCGCAGAUGAAACACUAACUUGA